ACCACCCCUACCAAGUCACAAGACCAAAGAUAAACCCUGGAACACAAACUCUGUUGGAGCAUACAGUACUAUAGUAUAUCUCUCUGGUUGGAGAAUAUUCACAUUAGUACCUCACUGAAAACACAGUAUUUUAAGGAGUCUUAAAGUCUGAUGUGGUGACUCACACACAGUGAACAAGUCAAAGAGGCUGUCUGUUAUCAAAUAUGGCAGUAUCAUCAGUCUGUCAAUAUGACAUUUAUGUCAUAGGUGAUAGUGCUGAGUGGGAGAAUACAACAAUACUUGAGUUGCAGAGAAAGAGACCAGGAAUACAGUGUAUUAGCAGAAAUGAUUGGAUUCCUGGAAAAUACAAACUUGACAAUUUGGUUAAACCAGUGAGUACUUGCAAAAUAGUGGUGGUAGGGUUUACCGCAUCAUCAUCAACUGGCAGUUCAAAUUAUCUGGCACAAAGUGUUUUUCAAGAAUGUUUGGAGAACAAUGAUAUCGAUGAGGGGAAACUUAUUCCUGUGAUGAUAUCAAAAGAUGCUAAGAUACCAGAUUGUCUUAAAUUGUUAACUCCAGCAAAUGGUUGGGAAGAUAAUGUGUAUGAAAAGUUGCUGAAUGCAUUAGAUGGAACAAGUAGGUAUAUCUAUUUAUUAUAUCCACUAUAUCAGAUGUCAUUUAUGCAGUUGAGAUGGCCAUUUUUAAAAUGUUAUCUUAACUUUGCAACCAGACAAGUAAAAAGAACAAAUGAAGUGGCUAAACAUAUGUUUUAA